AUGCCCGGCAUGUUCGCCUCAAUCAACAAAAUCACUGAUCCAUCCACCGGCGAAGUAACCGACUACAUCUCAAAUGCUGGUAUCCCCUCUAUCUCGAACCAGACCGUCCAGGAUCUAGACGUCAAUGUGCCGGGUAGUGUAUUUCCGACAAUCUUGGUCGACAAGUCUGUCGGUCUCGCUUGGUGGAGAAAUAUGGUUGUUGCCAAGAAGAUGCAGCGCAGACAUAACUCUCCAGAUAUUUAUGGCAGCACUGAAUCCACUCGUGUUGAUGGAACUGCAGUUUCUGCACUUCUCACUUGGGACAGCAAGGUCACCACGGUAAUUGCACUCCUCGGGGGAGCGACCGAUUUCGUUCGUCGGAGGAUGAAGGCGGACAGUGCAUAUGAUGAGUGUGUGUAA